AUGUCCAACCAGGAAGAAACCUCUAAGCUGGCCUGGGAACACCUUGGAAUCCCUGCCCCCAGAGGAGUUGGAGGAGGUGGGAACAAAGAACAUCUGGGCAUCUAUACUCAGACUCCUGACUCCCAACCCCACCGACCUCUCAGUUACUUUUUAGAAGCAGCAGUGAUGCAGAUGAAUAAUUAUACUUUGCCUAUAAAUAAUGAAAGCAUCUAUGAAAAUGUUGACAAUUUCUCUCAGAAAAAACCUGAAGGACAACAAGAAGAUCUAAAACGUCCUGUGAAUAGAGACAACAAACUGCAUCUGUUCAAGACGUUGUCGCUGCUGCUUCUGUGUGCUGUGCUAGUGAUUGCCAUCAUCUUCUUGACAGUGUACCAUUUCAGAGCACUCAAUGACAAGCAGCAGGAGCUAGAAGAGUUAAAGACUGCAUAUUACAACCUGACCAGUAACUUCAGUGAUCAUUUGGAAAGUCUUGCUACCUUUCAGUCUCAAUACGAAAUUCUGAAUAAGAGCCACGCUGAACUGCUAUCAGAGAGUAGAAAACUGAAGCAGUGCAUCAGUCCUGUUAUAAAAAUGUCUCAAGCAGAAAAAACUUGCUCUCUAUGUCCAGAGGGCUGGGUGAGUUUUCACUCCAAGUGUUACUUCUUCUCCACCGAUUUACUGGACUGGCAGUCGAGCCAAGAGAAGUGCAUGAGUAUGUGUGGACACCUGGUGAUAGUAGAAAGUGCAGAGGAGCAGAAUUUUUUAGAAAAUAAAAUGAAAGAUUUUAAUGAUGGGGGUUAUUGGAUUGGCCUGACUGAUCAGAAGAAUGAGAACACUUUUGUUUGGGUGGACAACAGGCCUCUAGACUCAAAUAACAGGUGAGAAAACUCCUUUCACACUGGACAUCUUACUUUAAAUUAAAUCAGCAGCA